CUAGAGCUUGCGGCUCCCGGGGGUGCAGUGGACGCGGAUGCCGUACCGGAGGAUCCGGUUCGGAAUAGUGUUGGUUCGAAGAACGUGACCGAGAGGAUUGCACCAACGUACAUGAAAUUCGCGAGCACUUAUUUCGCGAUUGAAUUUGCUAUCGUCUCAAUCAUCGAUUCCUUAAGUUCUCUACACGUUACGAGUCGCACAGUAUCAUUUCGAUCGAAAUUAUCACAAAAUCUGGCAUAAAUAUUUGUCGUCUCGUUUAAAAAUUGGAACGCUUCCGAAACGAAAACUUCGCCUUCGACAAAGUACAUUCGUCCAAGAAGCGGGAUGUUUUUGUUUCCUUUCUCGAUCCUUUGUCGAAGACGCCGAGGUCUACUUGCAAUUGUUUACACGAUUCGUGACACGCGGGUGAACGAUUCUUCGCAGACUAGGAUUUAUCGCGUUUGCACUUUUAAUCGAAUCCGUAAGCGCCAUUAAAAUUGCUACGUUCGCGAGUGAAGUGCAGUACAGUACAGUAUGGUGCAACGAAUCAAGAGUGAUGGUCGCGGAGCGACAGUUAGACACCACGGAUGUGGGACAAGGAUGCUGAACGGAUGCAGAGAUGGAUUUCGUCGAUGGACCUGGACGGUGUACGUUACGGGACGUCGAGAAAUGCUGCUGUGAGUGUGAUUCUAUAAUUUGGAACAUCGGACUAUAAAUAUGGACACAUCGGAAUUCGUGGAAUUCGCCAAGACGGUUAUUGACUUCGUCGUGGAUUAUACUAACAAUUUGAGAGACCGAGAUGUUCUGCCCAGUGUGGAACCAGGCUAUCUCAGCAAACUGUUACCAGAAGAGGCGCCGCAUAGAGCGGAAAAGUGGCAGGAAGUGCUCAAAGAUGUGAAGCAAUAUAUUGUACCGGGAAUGACACAUUGGAACUCGCCGAAUUUCUAUGCAUUUUAUCCAACCGGUAAUUCUUAUCCCUCGCUGGUGGGCGAAAUCUUAAGCAACAUGUUCGGCUGCGUGGGUUUUUCGUGGAUAACGUCUCCUGCUUGCACCGAGCUCGAGAUGAUCGCCUGCAAUUGGCUCGGCAAAAUGUUGGGUCUACCUAGUGAGUUUUUACGUCACAACGAUGGACAAGGUGGUGGAGUCAUACAGGGAUCCGCCAGUGAAUCUACCUUUCUGUGUCUACUGGCCGCGAAAGAUUAUAUGACGCGUCAUAUGAAAACUCUUUACCCGGACAUGGAUGAGCAUCUCAUUAAAUCCAAGCUAGUCGCAUAUACUUCUGAUCAGUCAAACAGUUCGGUAGAGAAGGCAGGGGUUUUAGGAUCGGUGUCAAUGAGGCUGUUACCAGUGGAUGAUAAGUGCUCUCUGCGCGGAGAAAUCUUAAAGAAAGCGAUAAAGGAGGAUGUGGAGAAAGGUUUCAUUCCGUUUUACGUCGUCGCAACUUUAGGAACAACCGGUACGUGCGCCUUUGACAAUCUCGACGAAAUAGGACCUAUUUGUAAGCAGUAUGAUAUAUGGCUACACAUCGACGCCGCUUACGCAGCUGCCGCGUUCGUCUGUCCCGAAUAUCGUUACUUGAUGUCUGGAGUUGAGUAUGCGGAUUCCUUCAACAUGAAUGCGCAUAAAUGGUUGCUGGUGAAUUUCGAUGCCUCGAUAUUGUGGGUGAAGGAUUCGAGACGACUCGUGCAAGCGUUUAAUAUUAAUAGGAUAUAUUUGCCUUUAGAGAAGGAUGUCGUACCUGAUUAUAGACACUGGCAAAUUCCUCUGGGUCGGCGUUUCCGUUCGUUAAAAUUGUGGUUCGUCAUGCGCAUAUACGGAGUAGAGGGACUUCAGGAGUACAUUAAACACGGUAUCAAGUUAGCGCGUCUCUUUGAGAGCUAUGUGAAAUCGGACGAUAGAUUUGAAAUAGUAACCAAGGCUGUCCUGGGUCUCGUUUGUUUUCGAAUAAAGGGUGAUAACAGUUUGACCAAGGAGCUCUUAGAUCGUCUACAAGCCAGAAAGAAAAUCUAUCUCAUCGCCGCGUCUUAUCAAAAUAAAUUUAUCGCCCGAUUCGUCGUGGGUAAUCAACGUUGUCAGGAGCAAGAUAUCAUGUUCGCCUGGAACGAGAUAACCACCCAAACGACAGAAAUCUUGCGCGAGAACUCGAUUGACAGCUCCAUAAAAUUAAGGAAUGAAAUCGGGACGAAAAUAGAGAUUUUGAAUAUAGAGACGAAGGAUGUCUCACCGAAAAUAUCAUAA